AGAUAAGCCCCACCAAAACCAACUCUCUCUCUCUGUCUCUUCGCUCUUCUGAUCUUCAUCUUCUUCCAAGGCGCCUGCAAUGGAGGCCGCGCUCCUCUCUUCUUCCUCCUCCUCCAAACCGCCACCCAACCCCGCCCUCCUGACCCGACCCGCGAACCCGUUUCACCGCCCGACCCUCAGCCCCCGACCCGCCGCCCGCCGCCCCCACCACCUCCCCUCCAUCCGGGCCGCCAUCUCCCGCUCCCGGAAAGAAGAGACCGUGGACACCGUGAAGCAGCAGCUCGAGAACUGCCACCUCGUCGCCGGCAUCAAGUACAAGGGCCUCACCGUCAAGCAAUUCCAGGAGCUCCGGCGGGCCCUCCCGGAGACCACCAAGCUCCUCGUCGCCAAGAACACCCUCGUCUUCAAGGCCAUCGAGGGGACCCCGUGGGAGGCCCUCAAGCCGUGCAUGAAGGGCAUGAACGCGUGGCUCUUCGUCCACACCGAGGAGAUCCCCGGGGCGAUCAAGCCGUACAGGGACUUCGUGAAGGAGAAGAAGCUGGAGAACAACGACUUCAGCGGCGGGGUCUUCGAGGGGCAGUUCUACGGGCCCGAUGAGUUCAAGGUGCUCGAGAGUAUGCCCACGAGAGCCGAGGUGUACGCCAAGCUGCUGGGUGCUCUGCAGAGUCCUGGGAUUGGAUUGGUGGGGACCUUGCAGGCGCCGGCCAGGGAGGUCGUCCUGGUCUUGCAGGCUUUCGUGAAGAAAUUGGAGGAAGAAAGUGGCGGGCAGUAAGGCUUUGGAAGCGUUGAUCUUCAUGUCGAUGGGAAAAGAUUUACUAUAUGUCUGGUAGUCUUGAUGCACAUCGGAGUGAAACUUUCGGUGAUCGGACGGGGGUAGAGAUCUAUUUCUUUUAUAAGGUCUUGCAUAGUCGUUUUUCAUCUGGUCGCUGGCAGAAAUAAGGCGAGUAGCUUAAGGGACAAAUCAGAUGGAAAAGUAUGCGAAAAGGAAGGCUUCUUCAAUGUGAUAGAGUUGCAGAGUCUGAUUCAUGAGGAGGAUCAAGAAGCUAUUGAUGGAAUGGAAUCACAUGCCCAGCAAUGGGAACCACAUCGGGAUCAACUGUAGCUAAUGUGGCCGAGACAUUACUUGUAACUCAUGAUCGACGAGUUCAUUGAGUACCUCAAAUCUUUAAGACAGACAUGUUGAUCCGAUGUUCCUUUAAAGCAGGAAGAAUGGGCAGCAUUCCCUUCUUAUUCUGGA